AUGCCUUUGGAUCGCACAAGCAUUGUUUCAGGCGCCAGCCUGGGCAAAACUUUGCCAACGACACCAAGGAAUUUCCGCAACCAGUGUGCAAACAUUAAGAAGGUUGCAGUAACCAUGCUUGAUAGAGAUGUAACUGGGAAUCAGCCAGGACAGUUGAUUGAGUUUGAUCAGACAUUACCACUGGAUAAUAUCAUCCAAGAAAUAUGUCAGGGGUGGAACCUUUCAGACCCCAAAAACUAUGCACUCCGUUUUAAUGAAAACAACCAGAAGAUGUACAUCACAGAAAAGAACCGUAAAGAUAUUCGUGAUGGCCAAGUGCUCAACCUGACACCAUCAGCGUCACAUACAGCGCAGGUCAUAAAAAAAUCUCUUACUGGGCCCCGGCUGGAGGAUAAAAACAUAGCACUUCGGCAGCUUUCAUUUCUGUCCUCGGAUAUCACAUUUGCAGAGGAGUUCGUCAAAAUCAAGGGCCAUCAGAUUGUCAUCGACAUCAUCACAGCGGGCAAUUUCAAAGGAGAUCCACUCGGGUAUACACUGAAAUCUUUUGCCAGUCUUAUGGAGCAUGGCAUUGUUGAAUGGAACAUUCUAGAAGCUGAUUUCAUCAAACGUGUAGCAGACUGUGUCAAUGUUUCUGCGAAUAACAUGGAUACUGCCUGUCUUCAGUCAGCUCUUGAUAUCCUAGAAUCUGUUGUAUUGCACUGCACAAACAAACAGAAUGUUGUUGAGCAGGUUGUUACAGCUGUGUCAGUCAUUCAACAUUUAGAAAGCUCAAGUCCAGAUGUACAGAAAAAUGCCAUAGCUCUUAUCAAUGCCUUAUGUACAAAAGCUGAUGAUGCAAAGAGAAGAAAAAUUGCUGAAAGUCUUCAGUCAAAAAGCAUGAGAAACAUCAUCCUCAGUAACGUUAUAAGAGGGCAGAAUGUUGGCGCCGGCAUGGCUCAUGAGCUCUAUGUUCUCCAAACAUUACUGCUGAAUCUCAACGAGGAGCGGAUGAGAAAAGGAGUUGAUAUUCAUGAUCCAGUUAUUGUGAGGGAAAUUGAAGAGCUGCGCCGUAUUGCCUUUGAUGUUGAUGGAGACCCAAAUAUCAACACAGUACGAAAGUCCCAGAAUGCACCCAAGGAUUACAAGAAACUUGGAUUUGAGAAUGCUAACUCUCCCAUUGAAGAUUUUGCAAAAGCACCGCCAGGCGUAUUGGCCUUAGAUAUGAUGCUCUAUUUUGCUCGGAACCAUGGCGAGAGCUACGUAAAGGUAGUUCUAGAGAAUUCCACCAGAGCAGAUGAGCAUGACUGUCCUUUUGUUCAAGCUAGUAAGAUGCUCACCAAGAUUUUAUGUGAUGUUCUAAAGAUAGGAGAACCACCUUCCGACGAUGGUGAUAGAUUUUAUCAGAUGUUUUUCUCCCAUGACAAACCAUUUGAAGAAUUUUUCUGCAUUUGCAUACAGCUGCUUAACAAAACUUGGCGGGAGAUGAAAGCCACAGCUCAGGAUUUCCAAAAGGUAUUAGACGUGGUGAGAGAGCAGAUUGUUAGAGUCCUGGACCAGCUUCCCACAUCAUUUGAGGUGUUCAGAUCCAAGAUCAACUCACUCACUUAUGCUGAGAUCAACAGGCUGUGGGAAAAUGAGCGCCUCGUCAAGGAAGGCCAGGGUGCACAACUGAAGCCAAUCAUAGAACUUCGUGAACAGAUCAAACCAGAGAUUCUGGACUUAAUCCGGCAGCAGAGACUAAACUAUCUGAUGGCUGGCACCAGAUUUGCCAAGUACAGUGCAAGAAAUGGCAGAAUUAGAGAUAAAUUUUGGUUUUGGCGGCUGUCACCAAACUACAAAGCCCUACAUUAUGGUGACUGUGGGGAGUCAGAAAACUUGAUCUUGGAGCAGCUUCCCAAUAAAAUACUCAUUACAGACAUAGAGAAGUUACAGACAGGAGCCAUGUGCCCACACGUAACUGUCAGAGGAAGAAGAAAUAAUGCAAAUUCCAAGCUGGCCUUUUCCUUCAAAUUUGAACAGGAAGCAGAUCCUUUCUGUUUUAUUGCAGCAUCAGAGAAUGAGUUUGACUUAUGGACGGAUGGUUUGAACCAUUUGAUGGGAUGUGAGAUGGUCAGCAGUCAGGUCAGCAAGGAUUUGGAAACUCUCCUUUCCAUGGAGAUCAAAAUGAGAAUGCUAGACACGGAAGGCAUUCCCAUCCCUGCCGAAGCUCCACCCAUUCCACCUCCACCAGAUAAUUACAAUUUUGCGUACCUCAACUUAUAA